CGCGGCCAGAUUUUCACGUUUUUUCCACAUCGUUAUCGGCGUCGGGUCGCGAUGAAAUUCGAAAAUUCCAAAAGAUAAGAGAGCAAAUCGUUGAGCGCGCGCAAUGGAUUCUGACAAGACAUGCGCCGAAUCUGUCUCUCCGAUGGGUUUUAGAGCAGUCAGAAUAGUGUGGUUGAGGGAAAGUCAGAGCGUGAUCGCUACGAAAGCGAUUCGUGUGGUUCGUAGUUGAGACUCUCCGAGUGGGAACUCGAACUCGAACGGGACACACUCGUGCAGGUAGUCAUCGUCCUCAUUCAGUUUUAGUCAUCGUAAUAGUCAAGUUAGUGCAUCAUCAACGACGACAACAACGUGUGUGUCGCCUGUAAACGCACGUAGUAUUUUUAAGGGGAAAUACAUAGAUUGGGGGGCGAACGGUUUGGUGUCUACGCGAAGGAAUAUGCGCGUCCGGAACGUAGGAAAUGACGGACGCGCCGACAGUAGAAGUGCCCCGUCUUUCAGUGCGGUUAAACGUGAACAUUUUAGUACCGAGAUUUACGCGAGAUAAGUCCCGGACGAAUAAUAAUUAAAUGAUAUUCAAAUCGUCUGACCUACAAAUAACCAGUAGUCAGUCGUGCGAACGCGGAAAUUCACAACACAUCGGACGACGAUGAUGAUUUACCUGCUGGUACUAUGUGUUUGUUCCUUGUUUAUUAAACAAUCCCAGUGUUAUUAUACUCAACAAUGGGUGCUCCAUGUGGAUGGUGGGAGCGACGUCGCCGAUGCCGUCGCCAGAGACCACGGUUUCGUUAAUUUGGGAGAGAUUUUCGAAGACUACUACCAUUUUCAACAUAGGAAGGUCGCGAAGCGGUCCGUGAGGUCGCACGCGGGGAAAAAGGCCCUUCUGGCUGCCGACACGCGCGUUCGAUGGGCGCAACAGCAAAAGGCCAAGAAGAGGGUCAAGAGGGACCUGCGCUUGCAGGAUUCCGACCCUCGGUGGCCCAGCAUGUGGUACCUGAAUCGCGGAAACGGAUUGGAUAUGAACGUAAUCCCUGCAUGGUUAGAAGGAAUAACUGGAAAAGGAGCCGUGGUAACCAUUCUCGAUGAUGGUUUAGAAAAAGAUCAUCCAGAUUUAGUUCAAAACUAUGAUCCAAUGGCAUCUUAUGACGUAAACAAUCAAGACCCGGAUCCAAGUCCUCGUUACGAUAUGAUCGAUUCGAAUCGUCAUGGCACGAGGUGUGCAGGUGAAGUAGCCGCGACAAGUAAUAAUUCCGUUUGUGCUUUGGGGGUAGCCCACGGUGCUCAAGUAGGUGGUGUAAGAAUGUUAGACGGUGACGUGACAGAUGCUGUUGAAGCGAGAUCGUUAAGUUUAAAUCCCCAACAUAUAGACAUAUAUAGCGCAUCUUGGGGUCCGGAUGAUGAUGGGAAAACGGUUGACGGUCCCGGUGAAUUGGCCACGAGGGCGUUUAUCGAAGGCGUUACAAAAGGCCGUAACGGGAAAGGUUCAAUAUUCAUCUGGGCAUCGGGGAAUGGAGGUCGAGAUCACGACAAUUGUAAUUGCGACGGUUACACGAACUCGAUCUACAGUUUAUCGAUAUCCAGUGCAACAGAACAGGGUCAUGUACCUUGGUAUAGUGAAGCAUGUAGUUCAACUUUAGCGUCUACGUACAGUAGCGGUGCCGUUGGUGAAAAACAAGUGGUGACAACCGAUCUUCAUCAUUCUUGUACGAGUAGUCACACUGGAACUAGCGCAUCGGCACCAUUAGCGGCGGGUAUUUGUGCUUUAGCACUCGAAGCGAAUCCGAAAUUGACGUGGAGAGAUAUGCAGCACAUUGUCGUGAGGACGGCGAGACCUCAAAAUUUAAUAGCACGCGAUUGGCAGACAAACGGCGUAGGUAGAAAUGUAUCGCACAGUUUUGGAUACGGCUUAAUGGACGCCUAUGCCAUGGUGCAAUUAGCGAGAACUUGGGAAACUGUUCCGGAACAGCACAAGUGCGAGAUUACAGCUUCGCACGGCGAGAAACAGAUUCCUGCUAAGAGUGUGGUCGUUUUAAACCUUCAAGUUACAGAAUGCGAGGGGGUUCAAGUUUUAGAACACGUUCAAGCUAAACUCACCAUUUAUUCACAUCGAAGGGGUGAUUUAAAUAUUCAACUUACUUCACCGAUAGGGACCAGAGUUACACUUCUAGCUCAUAGGCCUCACGAUAUGACAAGAGCUGGGUUUAGUAAUUGGCCGUUUAUGUCGGUUCAUUCAUGGGGUGAAUCACCGAUCGGAAUCUGGCAAUUGGAGAUCCAUAACGAUGGAAGAUUUUUAGGAAGAGCGACAUUACAGAGUUGGUCGUUGAUAUUGUACGGGACUAGAUCGUUUAGCCCCGUAGAAAAGAGUCCGUUGGGAAAAGGGAAGGCGGCGUCGACGACGUCGAAGGCAGCGAAAAAGAAAUCGAAUAAGAAACAGAAAGGGGGACUAGGGGGCGGUGGAAACAAAGCGGGAGCAAAACCUUCCGUACCACCGACAUCAGUCGCGAAACAAAUUGUUCUUUCCUCGAAUAAAUCUCAAAACAAACAAUCAAAAAAUAAAAUAACCGCGAGUCCUUACAAAAAGAAAAAUCAAAAACCAGAAUCAUCAUUUUUUUACGCCGUUAAUAGUUCAAAGUUCCGAAACGGAGCGGAUCGCGAUUACUUUAAAUUAUUUAAAAACUUCACCAUCACGUAUCCAGUGAUGAUACCAUCCCUUGACAACGUCAAAUCUAGAGAACCCACUUCUUUUCGAAAGGCGCAAAAGCAGAAAGAGAAAAGUCGCGACCUAAACUCCAAUAUUAACUCGAAAUUAUACCCUAGCACCACGCCGCCAACCACGACCAAAAUGACCGCCACGGAAACGUUCCCAACAAAGCUAGGGAGUAAUGAUUCUGCCGUUGAAUUUCGUUCGUGGGAUUUAAUACUUUAUGGUACAGCAACACCUCCAGUAGCUGAUUCAACGACGACAAGUUUUAAUAAACCAACGGUACCUCAAGAGGUUCCUAACAAUUCAGUCGAUGAUGAUACACCGCCUUUAAAAACAUGGAGCGGUGACGCAGAGAUUCGAAAAGAUACGUCGGAAGUCGAAGAAGAUUUACCGCAAGUGAACGCGAUAUCCGGGUGCGAAAAGUCGAACGGCCGAUUGUGCAUAGAAUGCGAAGAUGGUUUGUUUGUAUUUGAAGGAAAAUGUGUAGAUAAAUGCCCAGAAAGAUAUUAUCCAAGUACAUUAGAAACGAAAAUUAAGGAUACAGCUGAAGAAAUCGGAUCAACGAAGAAAGUUUGUCUAAGCUGCCACUACACCUGCAGAAUUUGUUCGGGAUCAAACGAUUAUCAAUGCACCGAAUGUUAUCCCGACGCCAUAUUAACAAAUCCUAAAGAAUCCGAGUCGUAUUGUUAUCCAUUAUCGAUGAGGGUGAAAAUAGAGGACGAAAAAUGGUAUUUUAGGAUAUUCAUGCUCCUGACGUUCUUUUUUGUGAUAUUUUUCAUAUUACUGGUGCUCUGGUAUAUAAGAUAUCGAAAGGAUAUGUCGUAUAGGUUCACAGGUAUUGACUCAAGUGACGAAAAAAUUCGGGAAAUGGAGCGUAAAGUUAGGACUGCUAUUUACAGCGAUAGUGAAUGAUAUUUGAAAAAUAAAAUAAAGACUGUUGUAUUUUGUUGUCAGUGAUAGUUAGUGAAAAUUUUUAUUAUACGUAAAUAUUAAAUAAAACUGACGAAUUGUAAUAAAAUUUUUUAGAUCAAAUUAAAGA